AUGGGACGCCAAAGUUGUGGUAAACUGUGCCUACUGUUCGUCGUGCUACUUCUUGCAGCCGUAUUAAAAGGUGGAAAUGGCGACGUCGAGAACUUGGAUCCGGACGUUCAGGACUAUAGCACCGACGAAGACUAUAAUGACGUGUUUGACGCAACAACUAACGGGACCGAGAUGGAGGCUGUAUCCGGGGCCAAGAGUGGCACGCUGAAGUUCAUACGCACUCUGGCCAAUAUCUCGAAAGACGCCGGUGGCGUGGCACACAUGAGAUGCGAAGUUGUCGGCGAUCCUCCACCAACUAAGAUCAAAUGGUUCAAGAACGAAGCACCCCUUGAAGAGAAACGGCCGAAAAUCACUAUCAAGAAGAUACAUGCUCAGGCGCACGAGCACGCAGCAAAGAAUAUCGCUGGAAGCCGUCUGAAGAUCAUCAACUUAGAUGUCUCUGACGUAGGGUUCUACACUUGUCGUGUAACAAAUGGAAAGGAUCAGAUCCAGAGCGAAGGAACUCUUCGCGUCGAUUCCUCCAAGACCAGGCACG